AUGCCCCCUGUCCAUCCCCUAGCCACAUCUGUGAACAUCACCAAGAUUGUGGGCAGCCGCUCUGGUGCCAGGGCCAGGGUGCAGUUCAUAAACCAGAAUGCCAUUGCACUGGAGGCCCAGUGGUGCCAAGAACACUACUCUGCUGGUAUACAGGGUCUUAGCGCUGAGUCUCAGCAGAUGCUUGAGGCUGGGCUGGACUUCGACUCUAAUAAAUUUGUUCACAAUAUCACUGACACCGAUGUGGCGGAUGGAUGGAUUCUCUCUCUGACAGACAAGUACUCUCAGCAUCUCCCAAUUUUCGUUGCUGCCUACCUCCGGUGGAGGAAAACCAGCAAUAAUUACUUCAUCAUCUCUGCCAUCAACAUCUACACUGAGAUGUUAGCAACAAUUCCCAGCCAUGGUAUUAAUAUCCCCGCCGAGGCACUUCUAUUAAGCGGUUACCUUGGUGCAACUCUGCAGUUAUCAACACUCGCCUUUUCGCUUUCAACCCUGAAGCGCUAUUGGAGGCUUUGGCUUUGCAAGCUGUUCUUUAGUGUAGAAGCUUUUGCAAAGGUUGUGGUGGUCCCGGGCUGCAAUGGGGCCUACUGGCGAGCUCAGAAUGCAUGCCUGCCACAUGGAUAUGAGCUGAAAAAUGAACCAGAGCUCGAGCGCCAAUUGCUGCUGGCCUUCAAUGGCAACAACUCCCUUUCUCGCAUGGCAGCAUUUGGUGGACACAAGGCUGGAGACCUCAAAACAUUUCACAGCAACUAUUUCCUGGACCUGGAGUAUGUGGAUUGGUUUGCCAACAAAGUCCGCACCACCACCACUACUGCCGACAGCCCUGCAUCAGAGGAGCUGACACCAUCAAAUGCCAUCACCUCAUGUACUGACAGCUGGAAGGCAGCUGCUGCAGAUGCCAAGAAGUGCCUGUCAACAUGGGCUUGUCUUGUGGAUCAACAAUAUGAUCUGGAAUGCAUUGGAUGCAAGUUGUCCACCACCAUCACCUUCAGCUCUUUGGCUCCCAGAUUUGCGGCCUCAAGAUCCCGGGUGUGCAUAGAUGCAUUUCACGGUUACACGCACAACUACACAUGCCAAGACAAGAACCACCUGAGCGGUAUCUGCAGUGCUGACACUAAGGACUUCAGCAUCCUCAAGCAGAUCUUCAGCCUGUCAAAUGAGCUCGCACAGCUUAUUCAUUACUCCCUCUACUGUGCAUACAUCUAUGGCCUUCAGAUCCUCAACAACGAAAGCACUGCGCUUGACCAAGCAAAGCACUUGCUAGGUGUUACCAAUGAAGAGCUGACUGCAUGGCGGACAAGGCAGACCAAGGCUGCAGCUGAGAAUGUGUCAGCCGCAUUCAUUGUGGCCGUCCCACAACAAUACACCUUCCGCCUGUCAGCAUUGUCAUCCACUGCCCCCACCACAUCCUACUACAGUGUGCAGAAGAACAGCAAGCAACUUGCAACAGCAAAGAAGGUUGCUGCUGAGCAGCACACAACCAUGUCAGCUGAAGUUCUUGCCCUCAAGUCAAAGAUGGGCGUUGGCUGGCGCUGGCAACUAUUUGACUCAGAGUAUACUGCGGUUGCACAGUACUUCAACAAUCAAAAGUAUCAUCAGAACUGUUACAAGGCUAUCAAGAAUGCAAUCAAAGUCUACAACAAGACAGCUCUACAGAUCAGGGAGCCCUCGCUCUGGGGCAAGGUGUCUAAUUAUCAAUUUAUAGAAGAAUUUUUGCUCCUCCGCAACACUCAUCAAGACAUCCACUCUGAGUGCUGGGCACAGCCAGCAAUCCACAAGCUCAUGAAGCAGUCACUGUGGCUCGAUCGUGUGAAGGAGGAAAUUGCCCGUCUUAACAUCAAGGUUUGUCAGCUUUCAAUCUCAAUUGCUAACAAGGAGAAAGAACUCCUACAACUUCUCUCAAAGACCAAGAGGGCUCCGCUGCACAGUGCAGUGGAGCAGUUUGUUGACUGCCGCCACCAGAUCAACUCAUUAAUCAUGGACCAAAUUAUCAACACCAACACACUUGACAGCUUCUCAAGUUGGUCGGACAUUGGCAUCCAAGUAGGAUCAGAGUCAGAAUCACCCUUCCCUUUGUCCUUGGCAGGUACCAUGCUCGAGGAAGUGGUUAUAUGGUGUGAGCAUGUUGAUGUUGCUUGCAUUCACUAUGUAGGGAUCUAUACAACUUGGGAGGUUACCAUUCCUGAAGUAACUGGGAGGAUGAUUCAGCAUUUCAGGCAUGUUGAAACCUUGAAGGAUGCCUUGGUCUUUAUGAUCACCAAGGGCAGGAUCAAGUUCAUCAGUGAGCUCAUGUACAAGCUCUCCUCCAGACAGAAUUCUCAAGGUCUCCACGGUUCAGCACCCCCAUAUCCAGCAAAUGACAUUGGCCAUCAUGCACAAGGACAGGCAGUAGUUGAUUCAAGAAAAUCUAUUGCUGCUCUGGCCAGGAUAUACAAGCAUGAACAUAUGCUGGGGGGAAUUGUGAGGAGUAUCAGUACUCCAGAGGAAGCUACACCUGAUGAUGAUGGCCCACCUCCCAGUAUGCUGCCCCCAGCAGCGGAGCGGUACCUCAAUGACCAUGGAUAUCAGACAGCUGCAUGGUGGUUAAUUGUACCUGCAUUUCAGGAUUUGUUUGGGCCAGAGGAUUUCUACCAGUAUAUUUGUGAUUGUCAUUUUGCCAAGCAAGAGGCUGCGUAUCUAUACAAUCUCAUCUCUGGUGAAGACAUAAAGCCGGAUGACUAG